AUGCGGUCGGUGUCUUGUGGAGUCGAGAAACAGCCAGAAAGGAUAAGGGGCAGUCUGGGCAUUUGCACUUUUCUUUUCAGGCAAGCAAAAGAUGUGGUGAAGUCCCUCAAGCAACGCAUUGCACACAAGAACCCAAAGGUCCAGCUUCUUGUUCUCACGACUCAGCCUCUACAAAACUAUCCCUCAUCUUUACGCAUUUCACAGCAGGAGGAACUUGAAUUGCCAGUUUCAGAUUUCCCUGCAUUAAGCCUUACAGAAAUUCAGAACGCACGUAGCAUCAUGGAUGUUCUGUCAGAGAUGCUGGAUGCUUUAGAUCCGGGUAACAUAGAGGGGCUUAGACAGGAUGUCAUUGCUGACCUUGUGGAUCAAUGCCGUUCUUACAAGCAAAGAGUAGUGCAGCUUGUCAACAGUACCUCGAAUGAGGAGUUGCUCAGCCAGGGUCUUUCUUUGAAUGAUGAUAUGCAGCGUGUUCUUGCAAAACAUGAUGCUAUUAAUGCAGGAGUAGCAGUUCGGGUGGAAAAGCCAAAGUCUCUGCAGUCCCAAAUUGAAAGUUCUUCAACAAGAAAGCCAGAUACCAUGGAAGAACCAAUUCAAAGGUCUUCAGCAAGUACAAGUGCCACCAACCAGUCUCCCUUUGGGAUUUUAGCACUUCCCGCGCCCCCAUCCAGUAGUUCAAAAGCACCACUGAACUGUCAAAUAUUUAACUGGAACGUCAGGGGAUUGAAUGAUGGCACCCGCCAAGACUCGGUGAGCGAGCUAGUGAGAAACACUAGUGCCACCAUCGUAUGUCUACAAGAAACGAAGAUGCAAGUUAUGGACCAUAAUGUGGUGCGCCGAACAGUAGGAGCGAAAUUUGUGAACUCCUAUGUUGUGCUACCGGCGGAACAGACUCGAGGAGGCGUUUUCCUUGCUGUGAAUGAAGACUUCUUCGACCUCUCCGACAUUGUACUUACCUCGAACACUAUAACCGCGCAAAUCAACAUGAGGGAGGAUGGAACAAGGUGGCAAAUUACAGUGGUAUAUGGCCCGCAAGGAGAGGCAGCCAAACUUCAAUUCCUCCAAAAAUUGAAGAACAUUCCGCCGCCGGAACACAAUAGAUGGCUCAUCCUCGGAGAUUUCAAUCUCAUCUACCAGGCAGAAGACAAGAACAACUCCAAUCUAAACCGAUGCCUCAUGGGGGCAUUUAGAGCGACGAUCGAUCAUUUGAGGCUCAAAGAAAUCAAGCUCAAUGGACGCCGCGGAGAGCUUGACCACCAUCAGAGCACGUCCUUCCGCUUCGAAAAUUACUGGACUAAGGUGGAAGGCUUCCAAGAUCUUGUCCAAAACAUUUGGAAUAGGCCGGUCGCCUCUGCUCUUCCUAUGAAACGCUUGCAUAUCAAAAUGGCGCGUGUGGCAAAAGAAAUCAAGCGUUGGAAGAAAGACAAGAUAGGGGAUACGAGGCUGCAGCUCGCCAUAGUGAAAGAAGUAUUGUUACAAUUAGAAGCAGCCCAAGAGCAUAGGUUGCUCACUGGCAUGGAGCUUCACCUAUAUCGCUGCCUCAAAGCCCGUAGCACUGGACUAGCAGCCAUUGAAAAAUCAAGAAUCAGACAGAGAUCGAGGCUCACAUACAUCCGUGGCUCAUCAAGAGAAAGAAAAGGCACAGGUGAUCAUAAUGGAGAUAUUCCACCAGCACCAUGGGAAAUUAAGCGAUCCACUAACCCAUUUGACGACGAUCAGCUUGGUGGAAUGGCACUGCAACCAUCAGGCAUGCAGCCCCAACCAGUGCAACUCAGUCAGCAUGGGAACAAAUUCAUGUCAGCACAACCAAUGCCAAGGGGACAGCCAGGAAGAAUGCAGUUGCAACUGGUGCCUGGUGCUCAGCUUGGUGCUCUACAACCACAGGCUAUGCUGAAUAUGCAGUACAGGGCGACGCAUCCGUCAAUGCAAAUGAAUCAAGGAAUGGGCAUGUAUUCCCAACCAACCUUUGGAGGAUAUUAUGGAAUGAACCAACCACAGCUUUACGGUUUUCAUAUGUCUUGUUAUGGAUAUGGUCAGCAAUCUGGGGGCUACUAUAUUCCAAAUGCUGCAUAUGUGUAUGCUAGUGCAAACGAGCUUGCCCAGAGGAUGAAUGGUCUUUCAGUUCAAAACGGUGAUCCAAAUGGAACAACAGCAAAUAAGCAGAGCAGACCUGAGGAUUCACUCUUUGGCGAUCUUUUGAGCAUCGCCAAGAUGAAGCAGAACAAACCUGCAGCUGGCAAGGAUGGCGGCUAA